AUGGCAACAAUUCCUGAAACGGAUUUCGAAAGCAAGCACAAGGAAAUACUGAACUUGAUAUCAUUUAGACAAGGAGAUAUUUCGUUGUUUGAUUUUCAUGAUAAAAUUCAAAAUUUGUCAAAAUUUGAAGAAUUAAAAGAAAACGAAAUUCCAACAAUAAUUUCGACUGUUACAACGAAACAAUUCUUGAGGAAAAGAAUGAAGCAGAUUAAAAUUGAAGUCCAUCAAUCUGCAACUAAAAUUGUUUUGUCUAUUUUGUGGUCUUGCAAUUACAAAAAUGAAUUUGAAGAGUUUUUGAAAAAUCCAACUUUACAAAAUUUCGAAAAAACUUUUUCGGAUUUCAUUCCAAAAGUCCAAAAAAUCAAAGAAUCUUUAAUGGAAAACAGCAAGAAGAAAUCAUUUGAUACUAUUCUAAACUCAUUAAACAGGAAAUUUAGUUUAUUAAUGAGUUCUUCCGCAUUGAAAAAUCCAAAUGAACAAAGAAAUACUUGGAUUUCAAAAAUCAUUGAUUUUUAUAAUUUCGAAUUUGAUGCAUUCGAAUUGAAAAGAAUUGAUCAGCUUAGAACAAGAAGAAAUACUCUUCCAAAGCUUGCAAAUGAAAGAAUUAUUGGCUUCUUAACAAAACAAAAAUCUUUGAAUCAUUAUUACUUGAAAAACAACAAAUUAUCUAUUUUUAUUCCUUUCGCAAGGGCUUUGAUACAAAAAAUAGAUGUAAAGAAGUUUGAUCUAAAUGAAAUUUGUUCUGAUAUCAAUGAUUUCUUGAUAAAUAUUCAUUUCAUGAUCAAUGAAAAUGAUCCGAAAAAUCUCAAACAAAAAACUGAAAAAUUUUUGUCUUUGGAAACUGAAAAUUCUUUGUUUAUGGGACAAGCAAUUCAACCUAUUGACAGAUCCAGAUUAUUAGAUCUUCCAUUUAGAGCUCACAUUGGUCCACAACAAGUCUUUGGAAUUCCUGCAGAAGUUGCUUUGAAUUCAGGAAAUUACUGGGAUGUUGCAAGAAACAUUUGUAUGUUAAGAAACAAAAAUUGUUGGAAAGACAUGAAAUAUCCUGAUUUCAUUGUUAACAAUAUUAAAUUGGAUAAUAAUGAAUUGUCAUUAAUGAGUUUAGGAGCAAUGAUUGCUUUGGGAGCUGAGAUUUUUGAUUCCGAAAUUACAAGAUUUAUCAAAAUCAAUAGAAACACAGAAAAAUCCAAAGAUUUUGAUAUAAAUCUUAGAAGAAAUUCUGAAAGUUGUUUCGAAAUAGAUCCUCCUAAUUUCGAAAUCACUGAUAAUUUGAUCAGAUCAAUGGCAGAAAUUCUCAAAAAAGUUGAUUUAAGAACUACAAAUACAUCUGUUUCAAUUCAGAAUUGUAUUAUUUUGUCUUUUGUUACGAAAUUGUUCCAAAUUUCAAAAGACAAACAAAAUCUUGCUAUGUAUUUUAUUCAGUUAAAGCCAUUAGUAGAUAUUGCACAAAAUGUUGAUGUUCCGAAUUACUCUAAUACAACAUUUUGCUAUUUAAUUCGUCAGCAACUUAAAAAGUCAAAAAUCGAAAAAGAAAAUGACGACAGAUUCAUUCCUUUGACACAUUUCUCCAAAUGCGAUAACAAAAUAAUAAGUGGACAUGAUAGUACAACAUCAUUUUUUGUACACACGAAACAGAUUUCGAAUUUAAAUGGUAUUUCAUUUAAAUUUGAUUCAUUGAAGAAUUCAUUGAAAUAUAUUGGUUUCAUUUCUGAAGAUUGGGAUUCAGUUUUCCUCAGUUUCCUUGAUAGAAACAUUUACUCCGAUAGAGGAUAUGUUCCUUACAAAGAAUCAAUAUCUGAGAUUGUUUUGUCUGUUGAAGGUUCUUGUUUGAAAUUCGGAAAUGUUAAAAUAGAAACCGAAGAAACAAAGAAGAGAUGGAUUUUCGUAAUUACUAAUUUCGAUGAUUCUAUAAUUAAUUAUCAGUUUAUUGAUAAAAUUACGAAAUCAAAUAAUUCUGUUUCUUUGUUGAAACAACAUAAUUUCGAUUUAACAGCAAUUUUCCCUAAAAUUUGCUUAGGAAUGCAAGCAAACAUUCAAAGACAUUCUGAUAUAAUUGUUUCUGAAAUCCUAAGUGAUUACAAAUAUAAAAUCAAAGGAAUAGAUGAUGAAUCUAAUUCUAGUGUUGAAUAUGAAGUUUCCGCAAACCAAAUCAAUAAACAAAACACGAGUUUUGAAACAGUAAUGAUUAAUUCCGAAAUGUUCCAUCAAAUCGGACACAAAAAAGAUCUUGAAAACAAACUAAUUGAAACAUGUAAUUUUUAUUCAUAUUCAUUGUUGAAUUCUAUUUCUGAAUAUUUCGGUCAACAAAAUCUUGACAAACUAUUAUUAUCAUUAUCAAGAUUGAGUGAUACAUCAUCAUAUGAAGAAAUAGAAUAA